AUGGCUGAUUUCGGGGAGAUUCUGCGGAGUAUGGGGGAGUUUGGGUUAUUUCAGAAGAUCACCCUUUUUGCUCUCAGCUUCCCUAAUGUUAUUCUGCCUUUCCACUUUGCCAGUGUACUUUUUAUCCAGUCAGAUCCAGACAGACGCUGCAACACAGACUGGAUACUCAAUGCUGCUCCUAACCUGACCACAGAGGAGCAGCUUAACCUGACCGUGCCUCGGGAAGACGAUGGGACCUUCAGUAGAUGUCGGAUGUUCGUCCCAGUGGACUGGGACAUCGGUGCCAUCAGGGAGUACGGGCUCAAUGAGACUACAAGGUGCCAGAGUGGAUGGGUGUAUGGGAACAUGCUGUAUGAAGCCACCAUAGUCACUGAUUUUGAUCUAGUCUGUGACCGGGCUAGUUUGUUGGAGACAGCACAAACUGUCCUAAUGGCUGGCAUCCUUGUUGGCUGUCUCUUAUUUGGACCUUUUGCAGAGUCGUUUAUCCCGGAGUCAGCCAGGUGGUUGCUGGGCACUGGAAGGACAACGGAGGCUAAACAGCUAAUCAAAAAAGCUGCAGCCAUCAACAAGCGCACGGUUCCAAACUAUCUGCUGGACCAGAUUAUUGUGAAAGACCCAGAGAAAAAGGGAGGCAUAAAAACUCUUAUCCAAUCAGCUGUGCUUAGGAAAUAUUUCUUUACCAUAACAUUGGCAUGGUUCUCGCUGAAUGUUGCCUACUUCUGCCUUUCAUUCAGUGUGGGAAAACUUGGCUUGAACAUCUUCGUGACUCAGGCAGUAUUUGGCCUGUCUGAAAUACCAGCUCAUAUUUUGAGCAUCUGGCUGCUGGAAGCAGUGGGAAGAAAACCAUCUCUCAUGGCAACACUUCUAAUUGGAGGAUUGUUGUGUCUCUUAAUGCUAGCGGUUCCUCAAGGUUAUGCUGUUGCUGUUACUGCGUUAGCAACCUGUGGACGUUUUCUCACUAACUGGGCAGGCUCCGUGUGCAAUGUGUAUGUUCAGGAGCUGUUUCCAACAUCUUUUCGACAAACAGCUUCUGGUUUGGGCUCUAUUGUGUAUCGAACUGGUGGUCUGAUAUCUCCACCAGUCAACAUGUUGGCCAUCUACCACUGGUCCAUACCGAUCAUAGUCUACAGCAGCCUUACACUCAUCAGUGGAGCUCUUGCCUUCUUGCUUCCUGAGACCAGAAGAAAAGAGCUUCCAGACUCAACUGAUGAAGCUGAAGCCAAUGGGACGAAGACUAUGGAGAGGAACCAAAGUGGAUCAAACUUACCUCCACAAAGAAAAUCAACUAAGCUGUAA